AUGCGCCUGGUUGACGCCUUCCGGCGGGCAGCGGAUGUGGGGAUCCUCCGCUCUCAGCCUGCAGCGCCCAACCGCCGAGACCGAUGGUAUUACUGCCCAGAGGUUCGGGAGGCCAACCACCGAGUUAAUCAGGCCCGGAAGCUCAACCGCCGUGUAAGCACGGAGGCGACGAGGGGUCUCCUCAGGGCUCCCAUCCGUCUUGCAAAAGAGACUGCAGCCAGGAUGCAGGAGGAACACUGGCUGAAGUGGUGCGGCUCCCUUGACGCCAGUGUAUCCACUGCUGUACUCUGGCGCAAGCUCAGAGUCGUGGCCCAGGGGGCGGUCGCCCGGCCGGCGCUGCACCCGCAGCCGCAAGAGGAGGCAGAAAGGCUCCUUGAUGCCUUUGUGUCCCGUGCUGCCUCUGAGAGACUUCCCCCUACCACCAGGGAACUGCAGAGGGCGGCGUACCCGGCGAGGAUGGGGGCCUUCAGGGAGGCUUGUCUUGAAGGGCAUGCCACCGACGCCCCCAUACACCUCCAGGAGCUGAAGAAGGCAAUCCCUGUCACCAACACUGCCCCAGGCGAGGACAAAAUCCCGUACGCCUACCUCCGCCACGCUGGGCCUGACAUGCUUGGCGAGAUUGUCGCCCUCUACAACGCCUCCUACUCACGCGGAACUGUUCCUGCAGCCUGGAAAACUGCCACCAUCGUGCCCAUCCCCAAGAGCGGUGACGGAGGCGAGUUCCGGCCCAUAUCACUCCUGAGCUGCUUGGGAAAGACUCUGAAGAGAAUCCUUCUCUCUCGCCUUCGGUGGGCGAUGGGGCCCCUUCACCACCACCUGUUUGCCUUUCGCCGAGGCAUGGGCACCAGAGAUUGCGUGUCCACUCUCCUCUCUGGUGUCUUGGGUAGGCAUGCUGUGGUGGUGUUCCUGGAUCUGAAGAAGGCGUUCGAGCUGGCCUCGGCUUCUGCGGUGCUGUCCAUCCUUGCCGAGAAGGGCGUUCGGCGCCACCUGCUGGCUUGGAUCGGCCAAUACCUCCAGAAUCGCAGGGCGGCAGUACACUUCCAGGGCUGCAGGUCCAGAACACGGGCCUUCGAAAACGGCUCGCCUCAGGGUGGUGUCGUGAGCCCCGUUCUCUUCAACUUGCUUGUCGAGAAGCUGACAACUCUGCAACACAGCCGCUAUGCACGGGUCUUCUCGUACGCGGACGAUGUGGCCAUGGUGGUUUCCGGCCCGAACCACGUGGCCAGCGCUCGUCUCCUCCUACGCCGCCUCUCACAGACCUGUGCGUCCCUCUGGCUCGUGAUAAACAGGGGAAAAACGAGGGCCAUGGCCAUCCACCACCGUCUCCUCCCCGAGGCCCUCGAGCUUGACGGUACGCCUGUCCCCUGGGUGCACGUCUAUAAAUAUCUGGGCGUCACCCUGGAUUCACGGCUCUCCUUCACCCCCUAUGUCAACCGCCUUCGCCAGACAGUGGCGACCCGCACCAACAUCAUGCGGGCCCUGGCGAGAACUGCCGGAGGUGCCAGCGACAGGGUCCUACGGCUGUUCUAUCUCCAGGAAGUGACGGCCUGUGUAGAUUACGUGACGCCGUGCCUCUUGACAGUGAACCCUGCUGCACUCCGGCCUCUGGAGACGGCCCAGAAUGCGGCGAUCCGUACCAUCGUGGGGGCCCCACCGUGGACGAAAUGCAUCUCCAUGAGGGCGGAGGUCCGGCUUAGCACUGUUGCCGCGAGGAUCACCCAGCUCGCCGUCGGACAUCUGGCGACGCUGCUGCGCCGCAUGGGGUCAGAACCGCUGAGAGCCUCGGUGGAACAGGCCCUCAAUCAGGCCCCUCUGCUUUUUCGCAGGAAAACGUGGGCGUCGGUGGCAGCGGCCAAACUCAGGACCACCCGCCUCUCCCGGUGUUUCCUGAUGAACACAAACCUGCCCCACCCUGGCUACACCUUACCUCCCCCGUGGGCACCAGCCACCUUCACGGCCACAAUCAAGCCACUGCCUGCGAGGAAGAACCUGCUAACACCGCGAAGCCUCGCGCGGGAGGCCCUGAGCAGAGAGUUGGAGGCGGCCCGGCCCCUCGCUGCCACCUAUUACACAGAUGGCUCCGUCAACCACCUCACUGGGGGUGUCGGCGCGGCUUUCGUCACGGCGGGCCAUGCUGACAUCUACCGGCUGCCUGACGGCUCCUCCUCGACCCAGGCGGAGCUGGUGGCGAUCAGCAUGGCGCUGGGGCACGCACUAGAGUGGGGCAGGGGCCCGGUCCUGGUACACUGCGACUCGGUGCCGGCCAUACGAUCGCUGUACCAGGACCCGAUGGCUGACAACGUCUCCCUCCUCACGAGCAUCCACGCCCGGUUGCAGGAACUGGGAAGAACCAGGCGUCAGGUCCACCUAAACUGGUUGCCCAGCCAUGCAGGCGUGGUGGGCAACGAAGCUGCUGGCCGCGCUGCCGGCGAGGCCACCCUGCUACCCAGCAUAGCAUGCCCCGUUUCCCCGAGCGUGUCACUGCUCAAGCGGGACAUGGCGGCCCAUACCUUGGCGGGUGUCGUCAGGGCCCUUGAAGAGGCCUUGGCGGCCGGCUCACCGUCUGCAUACUGGUAUGCCUGGGCGACUGGCUCCGGCAGCCGUCGGCUCCCAUUAGGCGCGCCCAAGCGAGUGGCCUCCAACCUCCACCGCCUGCGCCUCGGGUACCGGUGUGCCUCGCUCCUGGACAUCGACGACCCGGUCCCGGUUGAGUGCCCUUACUGCGAGGAGGAGGUCGUCCAGCCGCUACUCCACUACCUCCUCGAGUGUGAGGGUACACGCCAUCUCCUCCGCAACCCGGAAGGGCUGCCUGCACCACAGCUUAUUUUUGCCCUCAGUGACGAGGCUCUCGUGAGACUCGUCACAACAUGUGAGCCCCCGAGAUAA